AUGUUUUUGGCAAUAAUUUUGUUCACAUUAGUCUUUUCUCAACAACAAGAGAAAGAGUUGUUGACAACUUUCUUUGACAUUUUGAAUGGUGAAAAUUGGGUGAUACGCACCAACUGGAAAAGCGAGAGAAGUGUUUGUGAAUGGUACGGUGUUGAGUGUGAAGAUGGAAAAGUUUUAUCUUUGAAUCUUUCUUCAAACAAUUUAAAAGGUGAAGUUCCUCCUCUUUUUGUAUUACAACAUGUGAAGAAAAUCGAUGUAUCAAACAACCAAAUAACUGGGCUCUUAACUUCUUUCAAUGGACUUCAAAGACUUGACACUCUUAUCAUCUCAAACAACUUAUUUAAAGGAUUUGCAAAUGUACUUGGAACCUCUUUAAAGCAUUUUAAAGCCGCCAACAAUGCCUUUGACGAUGUAUUUUACUUUCUCAAAAACAAUGUAUUCCUUGAGACUUUAGAUCUCUCGUACAAUAGUAUUCGAACUAUUCCACGUGCAUUAAACAAGUUAUCCAACCUCAUAUCGUUGAAUAUGAAACACAACAAAAUCACUUCUGAAAUACCGCCAAUGGCCGCUUUAGUCAAUUUGGAGUCUUGUGACUUCAGUGAGAACACAAUAGUCGGAACAAUACCAAACUCACUAGGUACUCUUCCAAGACUUGUUGAUAUCAAUUUGAGUAAGAGUAAUCUUUCUGGUCCAAUUCCACAUUCCCUCUUUCUAGGAAAGUCCUUAGAAAAAGUCGACAUUUCAUAUACUCAUCUCUCUGGCCAUUUAGUCGGUCUUGACAAAGCAAAACACCUCAAGAAAAUAGACAUGAAAAACACGCAAAUCACUGGCAAAAUACCAAGUCUGUUUGGGUCGAGUCUCACCGAGUUAGACGUCACCAACACUUCAAUUGAAUGUCCGAUUCUUGCUGUAAAUAAGUUGAAGGUCAUCUCCGACUGCCCAGAAAGAGUACGUAUAACUCUUCAUGGAAUGUCAAAAUGUGGGGAUUUCACAAAUGCGAUCAACAAUGCUAUUGCACCACUCAAUCGGGAAUUGGAGGAUAUAGUGGACUAUACCUUUGGGUGGAUAGUAACACCAACACCAGAGAAAGUGACUGGAUACUCUUCGAUGCAUGGAGAUACGGAGGUGGAUGGGGACUUCUUGUUUUCAUGUUCCAAUGAAGUGUAUAAUUCGACAGUAGCACUCAACCUCUAUCAAUGUAUGAGUCGUGUGUUAUAUUUAAUUCCAUCGAACUUGUAUGACUGUACGCAGAAACUUGGAAUAGACCCAAUACCUAUAUCAGAUUGUAUGAUGGGAGAGGUGGGACAAAAACUGAUGAAAGAAGGACUGCAAGAUGUGGAAAGACUCGCUUCGCAUUGGUCACCUACUAUUUAUAUCAACGAGGAAUUGUAUUGUUUGUACGAUACAAACGAAUGCAAAGCUAUGUACUUGGAAGAUUGGAUUAGAGAUGUGUGUCUGGAGUAUAAAGGAUAUAAUAAACCAAAAGCCUGUUAUGUCUAA